AUGGACGGCCCUCCACACAUGGGUAAUUUCGAUUUCAUAUUGGACCAUCACCAUCACCAUCACCACGGUCGCACCCUCGAGUCGUCCGUGUCGCCGCCAUCCUCCGUGGUCAUGCAACAGCAACAGCAACAGCAAGCUCUCCAGCAACAGCAACAGCAGCAGCAACAGCAGCAGCAGCAGCCGCCGCUCCCAGGUAAGGCCGAACACAUCAAGCGGCCAAUGAACGCGUUCAUGGUUUGGGCGAAAAUUCAGCGCCGGCUCAUCGCCCACGACAACCCGAAAAUGCAUAAUUCUGAGAUCAGCAAACGUCUGGGCGCUGAGUGGAAGCUGCUCAACGAGACCGAGAAGCGGCCUUACAUCGACGAGGCCAAGCGGCUGCGGGCGCUGCACAUGAAGGAGCACCCAGAUUACAAGUACCGUCCCCGGCGCAAGCCCAAGAUCCAGUUGCAUAAUAAUAACAACAAUAACAACAACAUAAGCGGCGCUCACAACAACAACGGUGGCAUGCUGCACGGGUCAGCCGGCAACAACAACUUGCACCAUCACCAUAGCGCGCAUCAUAAACAGGCGAACUUUCAUAGCUUUCCAGUAGUCUCCGCCGGUGGUGGGCCAGGCGGAGCUUCAAACUUCAAUUUCCCGAUGCCAUACUUCUCGACCGGCCAUCACCCGGCCCUGCACUCCUUCGAUAGUUACUCGUCGGCAGGACUCGUCAGCCCGUACCUGAGCACAGCCAUGCCUUCUUUUGAUCCCCUUCAUCUGUCCAAACUCGUGGCCCAGCAACAGGCCGUCGUGGCACAGUCUGGAGGUGGUGGUUCCCCAUCGCCGUCGUCGCAGAUGGCCGGCACGCCGCCGCCCGUGGACAUCAACGUGGUGAACGGCCUGCAGCAACCGCUCCAACCGCACCUGCACCAGCAGCAACAGCAACAGCACCACUUGCAGUCGCCUCACAACAAGAACGGCGGCGCGGCCGUGGUAAGCUCUUUUUACAAUCAGUUCUAUCAGCCAGGCGCCGGUUCGGGCAAGGCAGGACCGUACCCGCACCAUCCGAUGAGCAUUUUCCCAUCGCCGUUCUCGUUCUACAACAACGGCGGUGGCGCGGGCGCUGGCGCUGUGGACGACCACCACGGCCAGCAGCACCACCACAGCCAGUCGGCCGCCGCAGCCGCUUUCGCCGUCCAGCAGCACCACCACCAACAGUUGCAGUUGCAACAGUUGCAGCAGCAGCACCAACAGCAUCUGCAACAGCAACAACAGCAGCAACAGCAACAGCAACAGCAGCAGCAGCAACAGCAACAGGAGAGACCCGGGUCCACGUCGUCCGACAUGGAAAACGAUCCGACCAGACAAGUUCCUAACGCCGCCAACUCCAACAUUCAUUGA